AUGUUUCACUUACAAGGCCCACAAAUACUGCAGAUGCUAGAGAAAUCGUUGAGGAAGAGCCUCCCUGAGUCCUUAAAGGUUUAUGGGACCGUCUUCCACAUGAAUCAGGGAAACCCGUUCAAGCUCAAGGCCCUGGUGGACAAGUGGCCUGAUUUUAGGACAGUGGUGAUCCGCCCUCAGGAGCAGGAGAUGACAGACGACUUUGAUCACUAUACCAACUCCCACCAAAUAUAUUCUAACGAUCCCAAGAACAGUCAAGAAGUCCUUGGCGCAUCAGAUAUCAUCAAUUGGAAACAACAUUUGCAGAUCCAAAGUUCACAGUCCAGCCUGGAUGAGGUGAUACAGAAUCUUGGAACCACUAAAUUGGUCAAGGUCAAGCAAACACAAUGUCUUCUCUACGUGAUGCGAGAGAGAGCCAGGAAACUGCUCCCCUCCCUGCCAGAGACAAAGAAUUUACCUCUUCAAACUGGCACCCCCAAGGCCGUUAACCAAGAGAUGUUUAAACUCUCAUCCCUGGAUGUUACCCAUGCUCCUUUGGUGAAUAAAUUCUGGCAUUUCGGCGGCAAUGAGAGGAGCCAGAGAUUCCUUGAGCGCUGUAUCUGGACCUUCCCCACCAUGUGUGUGCUGGGACCUGAGGGGACCCCUGUGUCCUGGUCUCUGAUGGACCAGACAGGAGAGAUGCGGAUGGGUGCCACCGUGCCUGAGUACCGGGGCCAGGGUCUCGUCUCCCAUAACAUACAUGCUCAUGUCCAGGCUCUGGACAAACUUGGCUUCUCCGUAUAUAACCACACAGACAGAGCCAACAAGAUUAUGCAGAAAGUGAGUCAUAAUCUGCAUCACAUCUGCAUACCCUGUGACUGGAACCAGUGGAACUGUGUGCCUCUGUGAAGCAGCUCUGAACACAGACAGUGUUGGGUGGACUGGUCACAUGGCAGGAGGAGCAGAUGGUUGGGCAGACAGAAAGAAUAAAUUGUAACCAGCAGUAAAGCAGUGCGUGUU